AUGGCGCGUCGUGAUCGCUCUCAUUCUACUUCUUCAUCUGAUUCUAUUGGUACUUCUAUGGAUUCUUCUGGAUUGGAUGUAAGUACUCCCCCAAGUACACCACCGCCCCGGAUAUCCGAGAAACGUGGAAGAGACGCGUUAAACGCGUCUAACACAUGUGAUAAGGGCAGGUCCAGGUCCAAAAAGGCCAGGAUACAUAGCCCUGUUAGAGCCGAAAAGAAGGCUGAAAAGACAAAAAGAUCACGUCACAAAGAACUCACACCGCGGGACCAGUGCAUACACGUUGCACGUUGGAUCCCACGCGGUCUGGAUAUGUUCUGCGACCUUAAGCAGGUCAUCCAGGUGUGCUUGCUUCUAGAGCAAGACGAAGCGAUCGACGACGGAGAUCCGACAGAUGCACAGGCCAAGAUUGCCCGUACAAACAUCCUCAAUAACAUUGAUGAUCACACACGUGCACACUACAAGCGGACGUUCGAAUACGUCACAGAUCACGCUCCUUAUCUCGGAAAUUUGAUCGGCAAGAAGAAAAAACGCGACGAACUCGCAUAUAUCAUCAGUGAGAUGCAGCAUAUGAUCAAUCACACCCAGUCAGAAGAUGCCAGUCGCCUCAAGAGCCGCAUGGGCACAUAUGCUGCUCCAGUCCCAGACAAGGCCCUCGUCAACCCUCCAAUUGGUGACGACAGCAAGUCUCGCUCCAAGAUGGGGUUCAAUCACCCGCAGCUUGGCCCAAUGCUCUGCCCUGCUAAAUUCUUGAUCGAAUAUAACAAGGAUUUGACCGAGGCGAGGAAGAGAAUCCAAGCCGGGUCACUGAAGGUGACCGCAGCCUUGUGGCCUGCUUAUCUGUAUCCGGGGGAUAGUCCAGGUAAGGACUUUGACCCUGACGAUAUCAUCGAGGGACUUUUCAGGGGGUAUCUUUUGUCACGCGUUGCCAAACACAUCUUUAUGUCUCCUUCAUCUGCGCUCUCAGCUGGUGUUUCCAAUGGAACACGCCCCUGCAAUGCAAAGAUCCACGGCAUGUCGACAGUUGAAGCCGAGCACAUUGCAUAUGCGGCUGUCCAGGCACACUUUGGCAUUAGCUCCCUCGACAAAUGGAAGGACAAGGAUGGCCUUUUUCAUUACAGUGACUUUUAUUACAGGAUCACGUGCCUCAUUCGUGAGAGGAGAGAUGGGGAGUGGGUCGACUCCCUGCUUGCGUAUUUUAACGAGAAAUUAUUCGGCAAUGAAAACGGUGUCAAGCCUACUUAUUCUGGAGGGGCUGAGUGCUCGGAUGAUGAUGACAUGGUGGCAAUGGAACGGCAGCUUGCUGCGCACGCCGCACGGGCAUCCCAGUCCUCCACACUCAAUCGAGAACAAGAACCACGUCAAUCGCCAUUACCUCCCUCAUCUCCUCAAGCAUCCAUCGAAGACAUUCCUGCGAACGACUUAGUGGAACCUACACACUCCCUUACCCCUGCUCCACCUGCACGCUCACCUACCCCUGCUCCACCGGCACCCAUCACCUCAUCCAUUGACAAUUUGUUUGAUGAUGAUCCUUUGACAGAAGAAGAGCAAGACGUCCCUCAGCCGGCCAAACGCACACAAAAAGGCCGCGCUACAAAUCCCAGGAACACCCCAACUAAGCGCAAAUUCAAGAAAUGA